UCAUUCAAAUUUCCCACCGCUUAGAAACAGUGACGCCAUCUUGCCACUUUUCCUGUUGUCAGCGGCGAGUGAAAUCACCUGUACUAUUCCCUCUGAAAUCGCAGGAUCGAAGAAAACAAACGCGAGGCAUCAAUUAUGGCUCAACAAAAUGCACAUGGCGAUCAUAAGGAGAAGAAGAGGAAGGAGAGUAUUUUGGAUUUAUCAAAAUACCUCGAAAAAAAUAUUCGUGUGAAGUUCGCCGGCGGUCGGGAAGCUGCUGGAAUUCUCAAGGGAUACGACCCUUUACUCAAUCUUGUGCUGGAUAACACUACAGAGUACCUAAGAGAUCCAGACGAUCCAUACAAACUGAAUCAGGACACACGUAUGCUGGGCCUGGUGGUGUGCAGAGGAACGUCAGUAGUGUUAAUUUGUCCUGUAGAUGGUAUGGAAUCAAUUCAAAAUCCAUUUAUUCAACAGGAUGGCUAGUCAACUGUUCACUAGAUUCUAAAAUAAUUAUGAAAAUUUUCGAUUGAAACUCAGAAAAGGUUCCUCAAUCUCUAAAAGAUCUAAUUGAGAAGAAUAUUCCUCACAUAUAUCCUUGACAUGCUGGGAGAUCAUCAAAUAAUUACCAUUUUUUUUGUCUAUCGUAAACAGUAAUUUUUAUCUUGAUUCUUCGAAAGAAUAAAUACUUUUCUUUUACAUACGA